CAGUCCCCCGGUCAAUCGGCUCACCGAUAUCCCAGAAUUCCACCGCCUCUAAAAGCUGCGUGCUGACGUCAUCGCGUCCCUUUUUUCCUCUCUCCGGGUGCAGGGCGGCAGCGGGAGAAGAUGGUUAACGUGCCGAAGACCCGCAGGACAUACUGCAAGAAAUGUCGCAAGCACCAACCACAUAAGGUGACCCAGUACAAGAAAGGAAAGGAUUCGUUAUAUGCACAGGGUAAGAGGCGUUAUGACAGAAAGCAGAGUGGUUACGGAGGACAGACAAAACCUAUUUUUCGUAAAAAGGCCAAGACCACAAAGAAGAUUGUGCUGAGGCUGGAGUGUGUGGACCCCAACUGUCGCUCCAAGAGAAUGCUGGCCAUCAAGAGAUGUAAGCACUUCGAGCUUGGAGGAGACAAGAAGAGAAAGGGCCAAGUCAUCCAGUUCUAAGCUACGUUAUUAGAUUUUUGGAGUUCACUUCACAAUAAAAGUUAUCACAUUU